GUGGGCCGUGGCCCGAAUCUUGUGCCGGGGGCAGAAGCUCAUCAAUUAGCUUCGGUCUGGCUAUUUUGAGGUCAAGAUUGCUGAGAAACAGACAAGAGAAUCUUGAAAGAUCAAUAGCCCAUUAUCAAUGACAGAGGCCACCCCCAUAUGAUGCAUCUCCCGAUAAAUCUCAUCUUCCCCGUGUUUUUGUUUGUCACUUUCUAUAAAUAGAAAGUUCCGACGAUUUAAACAAGUUUGUCCAGAAGCACGCCAUUGUGUACCUUGUCAUCAUUCUCCUCCCCCUCCUCCUCCUCCUCGUCGACCUUUGUAAUCAUUACGUCAUCGCAUGCAUUAUCCGAAUCCUCUCUCCAAAUUCGACGUCACCCUAUCUGUAUCUUUAUCUCUUCCCGGAUCCCAAUGCUUCACAUAAUUGCGUUUUUCUGUUCUUGGGAGAUAUCCAAUACGAGUUUGCAGAGACAAACCUGAUUCGCAUUAUUCCCUCGCUCAUGUUUCAUUAAUUUUCACUGCCAAACAUGGCCUGUAUUCUACACAAGCCAGCUCCCUUCUUCUUGCAAUCAGACUUUUAUUAAGCCUAAAGGAUAUCGAAGGGACACCAAGGUACCUGACCGGAGAAGAACCUUCAUCGAAGCUGCGGAUGCCAAAAAUUUGAUCCAUAACAGAAUCGUUCACUACACAACUAAAAAUACCACUCUUGUCUGGGGGUUCGGGGCAAGAACAGACAAACCGAGAAAGGCAUUCCUCAUUCUGCAAUCAAAGAAACAGAGUUAAUCACUCUUUUUGGCGAGCUCUGCUUCAGUCCCUUGCCAGGUGUCCUUCUGCGCAAUUAUUAGAACUACUGUAAUUUGUUUUCUUGUACAUUGAGCAGAUUGAGUCGUGACACAACCACUCAUUUAGACGCAGAACUGUAAUAUUAACCAAGAAAUGGAUAUCAGUAACGAGGCCAGUGUUGAUCCUUUUUCAAUAGGACCUUCAACCAUUGUUGGUCGGACAAUAGCUUUUAGAAUUUUGUUCUGCAAGUCAAUCUCACAUAUGAGACAUCAAAUACUUCGCGUGUUGUUGAGUCUUUUCUAUAGAUUCAGGGACUUUGUGACACCCAUGUUAGCAUGGUUGCAUCCCCGGAACUCGCAAGGGAUAUUGGCAAUGGUGACAAUAAUUGCCUUCUUGGUGAAACGAUACACAAAUGUAAAACAGAGGGCUGAAAUGGCUUAUCGGAGAAAUUUUUGGAGAAAUAUGAUGAGAACUGCAUUGACUUAUGAGGAAUGGGCUCAUGCUGCGAAGAUGCUAGAUAAAGAGACCCCAAAGAUGAAUGAAUCAUACCUAUAUGAUGAAGAAUUGAUGAGGAACAAGCUUCAAGAGCUCCGCCAUCGUCGCCAAGAAAGAUCUCUGAGAGAUAUAAUCUUUUGCAUGCGAGCCGACCUUAUCAGAAAUCUUGGCAAUAUGUGCAACCCUGAGCUUCACAAAGGUAGGCUUCAAGUGCCCAAACUCAUAAAGGAAUACAUCAUUGAGGUUUCAACUCAAUUGAGAAUGGUUUGUGAUUCGGAUUCAGAGGAGCUAUUAUUAGAAGAGAAGCUUGCUUUCAUGCAUGAAACAAGGCAUGCCUUUGGGAGGACAGCUUUACUUUUGAGUGGGGGUGCUUCCCUAGGAGCUUUUCAUGUUGGCGUGGUUAAAACACUGGUUGAGCAUAAGCUUUUGCCCCGGAUAAUUGCUGGCUCUAGUGUAGGAUCCAUUAUGUGUGCUGUGGUUGCCACUAGAUCAUGGCCUGAGCUGCAAAGUUUUUUUGAGGAUUCUCUGCACUCAUUGCAGUUUUUUGAUCAGAUGGGUGGGAUUUUUACUGUAGUGAAGAGGGUCAUGACACAAGGGGUUGUUCAUGAAAUUAGGAAGUUGCAAAUGAUGCUUAGGCAUCUAACAAGUAACCUUACAUUUCAAGAAGCUUAUGACAUGACAGGUCGAAUUCUUGGUAUAACGGUUUGCUCCCCAAGGAAGCAUGAACCACCUAGAUGCCUUAACUACUUGACUUCACCUCAUGUUGUCAUAUGGAGUGCAGUGACUGCUUCUUGUGCCUUCCCUGGCCUCUUUGAGGCCCAGGAGCUGAUGGCUAAGGAUAGAAGCGGAGAGAUUGUUCCUUAUCAUCCACCAUUCAAUCUGAAUCCUGAGGAGGGCUCUGGCACUCAUGUGCGUCGCUGGAGGGAUGGUAGCCUAGAGAUAGAUUUACCUAUGAUGCAAUUGAAAGAACUGUUCAAUGUGAAUCAUUUUAUUGUCAGUCAGGCAAAUCCUCAUAUAGCACCAUUAUUGAGGAUGAAGGAAUUUGUGAGAGCCUACGGAGGCAACUUUGCUGCCAAGCUUGCCCAUCUCACCGAGAUGGAGGUGAAACACAGAUGCAACCAGGUACUGGAACUUGGUUUCCCUUUAGGUGGACUUGCCAAGCUCUUUGCUCAAGAUUGGGAGGGUGAUGUCACCGUUGUUAUGCCUGCCACGCUCGCUCAGUACUCAAAAAUUAUACAAAACCCAUCAUCCGUGGACCUUCAAAAGGCAGCAAAUCAAGGAAGAAGGUGCACUUGGGAGAAGCUCUCGGCAAUAAAAGCAAACUGUGGGAUUGAGCUCGCUCUUGAUGAGUGUGUUGCAAUUCUCAACCACAUGCGAAGACUCAAAAGGAGUGCUGAGAGAGCUGCUGCUUCUUCACAUGGCCUAGCUGGCACAGCCAAAUUCAAUGCUUCCAAAAGGAUUCCUUCUUGGAACUGCAUUGCACGGGAGAAUUCCACAGGCUCCCUUGAAGAGGACCUUCUUGCAGAUGUUUCUCCCUCAUUUCUUCAAGGAGUUGGUGGAUCCACGGGUGGGGGACCUACUAGUAAAAAUUUACGAGCACACCAUAACAUGCAUGAUGGAAGUGAUAGUGAGUCCGACAGUGUCGAUCUAAAUUCUUGGACAAGAUCUGGUGGGCCCUUGAUGAGGACUACUUCAGCUGAAAUGUUUAUUCAUUUUGUCCAAAAUCUGGAUAUUGAUGCUGAACUAAAUAGAGGUUUAAUAGCUAAUCGCAACUCAGCUGUACUUCAAAUAGCAGGCAACAAUCAAUAUUAUCAUGGCCCAAGGGUAACAACACCGGAUAGAAGCCCAGAAGGCACAGAGUUUGAUCAGAGGGAUCUUUUCAAUAGAGUUUCCAGUAAUAGUUCCAGCUUAACAGUGACGGAAGGUGAUCUUUUGCAGCCAGAGAGGACCCACAACGGCAUUGUGUUUAAUGUUGUUAAGAAAGAAGAUUUAACAGUAUCAACUAGGAGUCAUGAUGCGGAAAGUUACAACAGUGACGUUCCUGAAUGUGUGCAACUUGACUGUCUUGAAAAAGAGAUUGAUGCUAGCUCUGCAUCUGAAUAUGGUGACGAUAAUGUCACUACAACAAACAGUCUUAAUAUUCCAGAAUCUACUUCUAGGGAUGAUUCUGGCAUAGAUGGUGGUGGCAGUCAGCAUGUUACGGAUAGCUGAUUUUGACAAUAACUUGGUGUCGACAAUUCUAUAUUUUACAGUUGAUCACUAUAUUAUAUACAAAUUUGAAGCUCUUCUGUUGCCAUUGAAGUGCAGGACCAUGACUUCUAAAAGGGCUACAAAUGCGCUUCAUUCCUCCCCAGUCCCCAGAUAUUUGGCAAGGAAGUCUCUUGAUUCAUGAUUCAUGAUUCUGCAAACAUCAGGCGUUGAAUGUGUGAUAUAACCAGGCAACAUACUUGAUACUGUCAUUCUUAAUAUCUACAAAUGAUAUAGCACACAUUAUCUACUCCGAAUGGCAGCAACAAACUUCUCUUUGUUUUUAUGUUGUUCUCUUUUAUCCUUUACUCAGGCAAAACCCCUUUCACAAACUUUACAAAAAGCAUGUUGAUUCGUCUCAUAUAGCUGAGCAAAGAACAACUGAGAAGUUCUUGAUUUCUCUUGUAUAAUACAUAAUUAGUAAUGCUCAACUUUUCGUGUCUA